AUGUUUGCAAAAUAUAAUUCACUUACUUAUAAUACAACUGAACAAGCCAUGCCUGCCUAUACAGUUGUCCAAAAUUUACAAAGAGACGAAGCUACUACGACCACUGCUGUUGAGACAAAUAAUCAAUCAGAAAAAACUUUUGAACUUUUAUCACCGUAUGAUCAAAUUCGUUUGGUUGGACGGUAUUGGCCAGGUCCUGCAGCGAGUGAAUCCAAAGUUGUUAUGCUGUUUCUACACGGCUCUGGUGAACAUUGUCAACGAUACAGACAUGUAGCUAAAUUUUUCAAUAAUUAUCAAAUUCCAUGUGUUUCUUAUGAUUCACGUGGUCAUGGAUUAUCGGGCGGCGAACGUGGCUUUAUAUUUCAUAUUAAUGCUUUGAUAGAGGAUCUCGAAUAUAUCAUCAAACAUAUUCGAGAUAAACUUCUUCUUAAGAUGCCAUUAGUAAUUUAUGCACAUGGUACUGGAUGUGUGAAUUGUCUUAGUCAUAUUCUUCGACGAAAAGAUCAACCACUUGAUUGUCAAGGCAUGAUAUUGAGUACGCCUUCAGUAUGUCUUAAAAAGCGUCCCACAGGCAUAGUAUUUGUCAUCGCACGAGCUUUUGCAAAUUUAAGCCCUCAUUUUCGACUUCCCAUCGCUGGAAAUUACACGAAUAAGUACACAAAUGAUGAAGAAGUAGUCGAGGCCUAUCGUAAAGAUCCACUUGUUCAUGAUCGAUGGCCUGCACGUACAAUUUCUUUAUAUCUUGAAGUGGGUUUAUUAUUAGAAACAACUGUUAUUAAAUUUCCAAUGCCGUUACUGGUUCAACAUGGUAUUGAUGACACGGUUACACCAAUCGAAACUAUCAAAAAAUGGUUCGAUGAGCGAAUCGAAGGAGAAGAUGCAGACUUCAAAGCAUGGCCAAAUCAUAUACAUGAGUUACACAACGAUUUGGAAACCAUGGAUGAUAUUUUCAUUCUUGAUCUCUCAAGUAAAUAUCCAUUAAAUUACACUACAUUGAUGUCUCAACAACAUUUGUUUGAUAAGCUAAAAAUUAGUAAUAAGUCUGCAGAUGAACAGUUUACUCUUCCUAUACAAUUCACUAAUGGACAAACACUUGAUGUGAAAAUGAACUUUUGCUCAUUCCAUCAAAUUGUAUCACCAAUAACAAUUGAUACAGUUAGUAUUCCGAAACAAAAUUGGACUGAGAACACAAUCUUUAACUACACAAAUAGCAUUACAUAUGGUUCAUGUCAAGGUGGUCUUUAUCCUAAUGAUAAUAAAUGUGUUGCUUACCAAUAUGGACCUGAUCCUAUUCAAGUUAUUGAUUGUCAUCUACCAAAAGGCCCUUAUGUUUCUCUUGUAGUACUUCUUGUACAUGGUGGUUAUUGGAGUGCUAAGCACAAUCGUUCGAUAGAAAAUGAUGUAGCCAAUGAUCUUCUCCGUUUUAAUAUUGUUGUCUGUAAUUUGGAUUAUCGUUCUGUUGGAAAUAAUGGAGGUUAUCCGAACACAUUCUAUGAUGUAUCCAAUGGUACUGAUCUUCUUCGAACUAUUGCUCAGGAACAUGGUUUCAACAGUGAUCGAGUGAUAAUUGUUGGUCAUUCAGCUGGUGGACAGUUAGGUGGUUAUCUUACUGGACGCUUCCGAUUAUUGCCAGAUCAACCUGGCUAUAGUAUAAAUCCUCUUCGUCCCAUAGCUUUUGUUAGUCAAGCAGGUGUCAAUAAUAUGUGGGACGGAUGUGAUCAAGCUUCAGAAACAGGAUCCGGUGCAGUCAUUUCAUUUCUUGGUGGAACAUAUGAAAUAUAUCCAAAACGAUAUGUACUUUCCUCUAUGGCAGCGUCAAGCAAAUUUUCAAUCAAAGUAAAAUAUCCAAGUCAAUUUCUGCCAUUGGAAGUGCCAAUACAAGCUAUUACUGGAUCAGUAGAUAUCACAGUACCUAUUAGUCAAACAAUAAAUUUUGUUGAACAAGCAAAAAUUGCUGGUGAUAAUUGUACUCAAGUAAUUGUUGAUGGCGAAGAUCAUUUUGUCCAUCUCAAUGCUUCUUCAAAAUCUUGGCAUAGCACACUUACUUUCAUCUUAUCUUUUAUUCCUUGA